GUAAACGUCAAUAAUGAAAAGGUUAUGAUGUCUAAUAUAUUUUUUUGAAAAAUGGAAGAUUUACAACUUUCCGAUACGUUACAAAGAUAUUUUUCUGAUGUUUUCUUGUGUUGUGAUGAAGAUAGUUCUGGCAAAGCCUCAUUAGCCAAAACUAUCGAACUUAUUCAAUCAGGGAGUGUACCAGAAGAUGUCAUUUCUCAAAUUUCUGAUAUUUGUUGGUCGCUCGGCACAAAUUAUUUGAACAAAAAACAAUUCUUUUCUGCUUUGAAGUUAGUAGCUGCUUAUCAAGCCAACAUUCCUGUUCGAAGUGAAGUUUUAACAUCAAAAGUUGAACUUCCACUACCUCGAUUUACUUGGACAGUUAUAGACAACAAGAGUCCCAUAGGAGAUCUGAUAGAACUUAGCAAUGAUACGAAUGAUUAUACAGAACAUGUGGAUACUACAAGUACUGAUUCUGAAGUAGAAAGUGAAACUGUAAGAAAUGGAUCUCCAGAUAUAUCUAGUGCCACAUCAGAUAGUCCUACACCAACUAACAGUGUCCAAGACAGGAGUUGGGUAAUAUCAGGAGUUUGGCAAGGUCUUGUGUCUGAGGAGCAGAGGCAGUUAUUAGGGACUGAAGAAGAAUCAUCUGAGAAACACAGCAGUGAAGAAGAUACAGAAGUAUCAAAUGAAGUAUGGACAAUAACCAAUGAACAGCGUGAAUAUUACACAAAUCAAUUUAGGUCCCUCCAGCCAGAUACUAAUGCCUUAUUAGCCGGUCCUAUCGCCAGAACGUUUUUCGAAAAAUCUCGCUUACCAAUACAUUGUCUGCGAAAAAUUUGGCAGUUGGCUGACGUUACUAAAGAUGGUGCUCUUUCUCUUCAAGAAUUUAAUAUUGCAAUGCAUUUGGUCGUAUUAAAGAGGAACAAUAUAGAAUUGCCCGAUACUCUGCCCCCUACUCUUGUACCUGGAAAUGAAACUCCUUUAUCCGUUAGUCCUGAGACAGAACCCAUUUUGUCUCCACAGACUAAAGACACUGCUAAAGAAUGGACCAAAUUUGUUGAUAGUCCUACUAGUUCCGUUUCAUCGCCCGGACCUAAACCAGUCAAUUUUGACUUUCAGAAAGUCGCUUUGGAGAAGGAUCCUAAGAUUCUCCACCCUGUACCAUUACGCCUUACCCCAGAAGUUGCCAAUAAUCAAAUAAUAGAAGACCAAACUGACGGUAUCGAUUUACAUAGUCCGAAAAAAUUCACAGAAAAUUCAUUAGCUUUAACUCAAAACCUUCAAAAUCUAACUCUAAAUGCACAAAAUAGCGCUAUUCAGCGUCCACAGCCCAAAAAGAUAAAUAUUCCCGGACCCGGGGCAAUCCCUCCUCCUCCCACCAAUCAAAAUAACGUAGAAGAAGGACCGGUAAGCCUUCCAGCUUUUCCACCACCCAAAAAAGAAAAACCUCCUCCACCCCCGCCCCGUCCUUUCAAGACCCACGGACGAAGUUCUUCUCUAGAUCUGAAUAGGCUUACCAAGCUUGGCGCACCACCUACUGUUCCUCCUAGAAUCAGUCCCAACAUUCAAGGACCUAAGAAACUUAUCAACCAAAGAUCUGAAGGUGAUUCUGCUUCUCAAACAGAAACGUUCGCUAAUUUUGACCAAUUCGAGAAGUACGAAAACGUAUCUGAAGGAAUAUUUCGUGGUGACGUUUACGAAGCUGAAAGAAAGAAACUGUUCGCCCAGUUUUCUAUACCGGAUGCCAGUGACGACGCACCCAGAAAACAUGGCGCUUUCGAAAUCUACAGGAAACCACAAGCAAAGGACAAAGAAAGCCCUGUCUCGGCCGAAGACAAGGCAAAAUGGCAACUGUUUCAGCAACUUCAAGAAGAAAAUACUGUUCUAUUAAGGAUCUGUCAAGAAUUAAGCCAAGAAUUGGCGGAAUUAAGAGAGGAAAAGCUGAGUUUGAAAGUUAGGUUAGAAAAACAAAUUAAUGGCGGUUAAGAGAUAGUAGUUGAUAUAGUUGUUUUAAAUAUAUGCUAUUUACACUUUUUUUAAAUUGGACUUGGCUAUGAAAGUUUGACACAUUUCAUUAAGUAUAGUAUUAUUUUUAUCGUUUUUGUCCAUUUGAUAUUUCAUUGUUAUAAUUUAUUGCUACUUUGCCACGUCAACUUGUAUGAAACAUCUGGAAACUAAGGAAAUGAUCUUUUACAAACAAUAUUAAUAAAUGAAACGUUUGUCAAAAUCAAAGAGAUAAUUGUUUUUGUUUUGGUUGCUGACACCCCGGUAAUGCGCACUGUAUGCAAGGAUUAUUAUACCAUCAUAACAGGAUAGAUUAGUUUCAUUUAUCAUACAUGUUGAAAACAAUAGACUCUAUCAAUACAGCAAUUGUGCAUGAGUGUUACGUCAUCAUAGAACCUAACUGGUUUAGGUUUAUUGUUCGUUUUUUCUGUUUGAGACUAAUACGUUUUAUGUUGAAUACUUGUAUUUUUAUUACAUAUAUUCGAGAUAAACUCGAUUUAUGUCUUGCUAGAAACAUUAUUUUAAUUAAUUUAAUUGUUUUGAGUCGGAAUGUCAGGAUGAAUCUGUGCUAUUGCUACAUGCAAAAACUAUAAAAAGGUUUAAAAAAAAUGAUAAAGUGUUUAAUUUUGAUACACAGUAUGUCCCAAAGAUUUAUUUAUUAUACAGAAUACCAUAAAAAGUUUAAUAUAAAUUGAAAGUUGUUCAUCCUUUAACAAAUUAUUCUCGAUAAAAAGAUUUGCAUCACUAGGAAAUCCGUAAUCAAGAAGCAAAUUUGUAAAAUUCAAAAAUAUCAGUUGCACCUUUAGAAUUGAAUGGAUAUUUUUUAUUGAUUAAAGUAAAUCGAAAUCCCUUAUAAACAAGUAUGGGUAUAUUUUUUAAUUCCUGUCAACAUUUUCAAUUAAUAUUUUGAUUAAUAGGAAGAAGAUGACAUUCCCUUACGCUUUCCUUGUUUUACUACCCAGUAAUUAAUCUGUCGUUUAUAUCACCGAUUUAAAAAUUUGAAAAAUUUAUAUAGAAAGAAAAUACAUUAUUUUAAAACGUUUGAAAAUUCCGAAUUGUCAAAUACUUAAACAAACAUCCUAGGAAAACAUUAGGCAUAAGCGAUAUUUGAAAACGAAAUUUUAAGUUUUUUUAUAAUCCAUUUAAAAAACAAAGACGUGAAUGUAUAUAUACAGGAUUUGUAUUUGAAAACACUUUUCUUGUUAAAUAAUAGAACAGCGUUUAAGAAUUAUUGUAAUAAAUAGGAAUAUUUAGCCCAUUUAAAUUGCAUGGUGGAAUGGCAUUUACGCUUGUCAAUUUUAAUUUAUCGAAAGGGCGUAAGCGACAUUAUAUGUUUUAGCGAAAUUAUUAAAGACAUAUUUGUGUUUAAUAAAAUUCAAUAUAAAAUUUAGAUUCUAUAUGUGCAAUUGUAUAUUUUACAAUCAAAAUAUCUAACUGACCUUAAAAUCAUUGCUACUUUUCAAUCUCCGGAAAUAAAAUACUUGUUCUCUUAACCUUGAAACGAGAUUUAGGCGGGAACGUUUUUCGCUUACAAUAUUUAAAACCUAAAUAUUUUGCGAACGGGAAUUUUUAUCAGUUAAUUCUUUUUUGUGGUAUCGAUGUGGCAUAUUUUCAGGUUAAAAUUCACUUAAAUAUCUCAAUUUGGCUAAUUUUGUCGCUUACGCCCUUUUUGCCACAAAUCUACCGUUUGGCAAUUGUGCUCUUUACAAACGGCUUUUAAAAUUAGGCUCUCUUGUUUAAUAGCAAAGCUUUUUUUGGUCCUUUCACGAACUAAUUCAGAAUGAGUAAAUUACACUCAUCAGCUCAAUAGGUUGUUAUAAACUCAUCAGCUCAAUAGGUUGUUAUAAACUCGCGACGUGUUCCUGAAAAAUGAAUUUGUCAACUGUAUUU